CACACCUCCUUGUGCUUUGCACAAGUAAACAAAGCAUCAUUCCUCGUUCUUGACCUUCUCUUUCUGUUGGCCACUACAGCUAGCUCUCUAGCUCCAUAACUUCACCUCUAUCAAGCUUUCUAUACAGUACAGUAACGAAGACAAUGGCUGUAAAUCCACAAGCUUUCGAGCAGUUCACUCUGAGACAAAUUCGCAUCACUGAGAAUGAGUUUGGACGAGGUUCCUACGCUGUUGUCAUGGAGCUAGAGUAUCGAGGACUGAAAUGUGCCGGCAAGAAGCUUUACCGAGUUCUCUACGAGACUGGAAUCGGGCAUGCAGCACGAAGGUAUCUGGAGGAGUGUCGCCUGCUCAGUCAAACUAGGCACCCCAACAUUGUCCAGUUUCUGGGAGUCUGUUUUGAGGAAGGCUCUCAGUUCCCCAUCCUAGUCAUGGAGUUCCUCCCCACCAACUUGACCAGCUGUCUCGAGCGUUACGGUAUUCUCCCCGAUGAGAUCAACUUCUCCAUCCUCCAUGACGUCUCACUGGGCCUGGUCUACCUCCAUGGCCAAACACCAGUCAUUGUGCACAGAGACCUCUCAGCCAACAAUGUCCUCUUGUCCACCAACAUGACGGCCAAGAUAUCCGAUCUAGGGGUUGCUCGAAUAUUGAACCUGACCCCUCUUCAAGUGAGUCGAAUGACAGAGACCCCUGGCACCCCAGCGUACAUGCCCCCCGAAGUGAUGAUUGCCGACCCCCACUACGACACCAGUGUGGAUGUGUUCUCCUUUGGGAUCAUGAUGAUUCACACCUUCACAGCAGAGUGGCCACUACCAAGUAUCGGCCAGACACGAAUCGAUCCUGCUAAUCCUGACAGACUGAUACCAGUAACGGAAGCUGAACGACGUGAACAUUUUCUUCGAAAGAUUUCCCCAGACCACCCUCUGAUGGACCUCAUCAUGCGCUGUCUCAGCAACAACCCUCAGCGAAGGCCUAGAGCAGCGGAGAUAGUUGGUCGGAUGGUGGGUGUGGUACUUGAACACCCUCCCUCCUUUGAGAACAGAGUGGAGAUGCUCCAGCGAGUGAGUGCCCUACUGACAGAGAAGAGGGAGCUUGAGGAGGAGGUUGUGAGGAAGGACUCGGCAAUCCAGGAGAAAGCAGGAGAGAACGAGGCACUGGCGGAGGAGAAAAGACGACAAGAGGAAGAAAGUGAAAACACUGUCGAGCGUAUGCAGUUGGUGCACUCUGUGGAAACUGAUCAGUUGAAAUUGGAGAAUGAAGAUCUUAAAGGUCAACUCGAAGAUAAAGAGUCUGUAAAUGCUGCCAAAGAUUCCACUAUUGCUGACAAAGAUACAAUCAUUGCCUCCAAGGACAUUUCCCUUCAGAAGAAUAAAACCACUAUUCAGAGUUUAAACGACCAACUCACCAAAACCAGGGACUACCUGACCAGCAAACCACAGUCCCUACAGGUUCAGUUGUCCUACAGUCAGUGCUCUGAGGCUCCAGUGAAGAUGUCUAGUGGGCAAGCGGUAACCAUCAAUGGUAAGGUCUACUAUGGUGGAGGAAUCUGUGAUGACAAUGAUGACUUGUACUGUGUCCACUGUUACGAUCCGCCACAAGACGUCUGGUCAACUCUGCCCAGACUUCCUGUAUACUAUUUUGGUCUAGGGGAGGUCAAAGGUGAACUGGUAGCAGUUGGCGGUAUGGAUUCAUCCUUCUCUGCAUCCAAUGUGGUACAUGUGUUUAACAAAGGAAGGAACUGGAAACGAUCGAUCCCACCCAUGCCCACAGCGAGGGAUUCACCAGCAGUCGUUAGUCUCCCAACACAUCUGAUCGUAGUAGGAGGUGAUAUGGACGCUGGUGACUCUGUUAUCACUGAUAUUGUUGAGAUCUACAACAUCAGCACCUCCCAGUGGAGCGAGACAGACAGACUACCGUAUGCUUGUAUGGACCAAAGAGGAAUUGUCUACAACAACACAGUGUACCUAAUGGGAGGAUCUAACGACAAUAGUCUAAACAAGGUGUGUGCUGCUCAAGUCGACAAGCUCAUCUCAGCAGACCGACAGGAUGAUGGGAGUGCCAACAAAACCGACUCUCUCUGGAAUACAAUAUCCAACACACCGUCUUACCGACCCUCCCCUGUAACGAUAUCCGACACCCUCUUUGUUGUUGGUGGAAAGGAUAGUGGUAAAGCCACUCAAAGGAUCUACGCCUACUCAUCCUCGAUGGACUCCUGGCUCUACGUUGGUGAUCUACCAUCUCCUAUAGCAGACCCUGCCACUGUGUCACUGUCUCCAACACAGUGCCUCGUGAUUGGGGGACUGAACAAUGGAAAAGAACAAUCUACCGUGCAUAAAAUUAGUAUCACAGCAACUAUUUCUUGAUUAUUGUUGUGGAUAAUAAUGUUUUGUAUGGCUAAAAGUUAAUGUUGAGUGAAAACAUAAAUAGUGCAACCAGCCCCUCCCCCUUAUAGACUAUUGCAAUGUCAGCAUAAAAGACCCUCUUCCAGCAGUUCUCCUGAUGAAGACACUAACUGUUCUCCUGGUGUCCUGUGCUCUGUCAGCGUUGUUCUCCAGUGCUGCUGGUCUCCUGGAGGGAUUCUACUGUGGCAGAGAGCUGCUAUGACGUUCUUCAAGUGGACAAAGAUGUCACAGCUGUAAGUACGUGGUGGAGCUAUUGACUGUGCUCACACACUGUUGCUUGGUUACAGGCUGAGAUGAGGAGAGCCUAUCGACACCUGGCACUGGAGUACCAUCCUGACAAGAACAAGGCUUAGGGCUCUAGGGAGAGGUUCCAGCUCAUCAGCACGACCUACGAGAUACUGAAGGAUGAGGAAGAGAGAGCAAACUAUGACUACAUGCUUGAGAACCCUGAGCAAGUGUACCGUCACUACUAUCACUACGACCGUCAUCGAGUGACCCCCCCAGUUGGACAUCCGAGUGGUUGUGGGUGUGGCCAUCAGCGUCAUCUCUCUGGUCCAGUACCUCGGCUGGUGGCACUCGUACAAUACAGCCAUCACUGCAGCUCUCUCAGAAUGCCAAGAUAUUGUGGUAAGGCUGAGGAGCUGGCAGUGGAGAAGGGGUUGUUGAAGGAGGGUCAGAGACAGACUCAAGGGAGGAAGUAAAGAACGACGAAGAGACUGUGCUACGGAUAAUUGUGCAGCUGCAUAGCAACAAAGACUUUUUUUUUUAUUUGCUGUUCUUGCAAAGAAGAAAAGAAGUUGAGUUUAGACAUGGUUUGAGAGCUGUUUGACAAAACUGUGGAACUAGGAAGGACAAGCAAGUAAAAGGUUGAAUGGGGCUCAACAAAGUGGAGACCAAUUGAAGCUUAUAUUGCCCAAGUUUCAUAGCACAAUAAUUGUGAGACGCCAACUGCCCAGAGGGAAACCACGCCAUUCGCAAAAUUUCCCCUAAUUCCCUCUCACAUCUAAAGUUCUUUCAAAAUGGUACUUUUUUGAAGGAUGAUGUUGAAAGUGACACGUGUUGGAGAGAGCAUUAUACUGGACACCCUUGUAUGACCAGACCACUGUAAAGUAUCGACACAAUUGGAGGUGAUACUGAGAAGUCAAAGGCAGUAUCUUACAAUUGCAGUGAACUGAGUGCAGACUUGCUAUGUUUAACUAACUAUGUUUAAAAAAACCUUUCACUUUUAUAUCCUCGAUCAUCGUUUGUUUAAUUAAUACAAUUUUAAUACUGUAUUGAUGUAUUAUUGUUUCUAAUGUUUGAAAUUGAUUUAGCACAACUG